AUGCCCUCCGCAAUAGACACGGGUGAUGACCUACGGAUAGCGAUCAAACAAAUCUCCCAGUCAUCGGUGGGGUCCGACUACAUCGACCAGCUGAUUCCUAUCAUGAAAGAUGCGCGCUACUCGAACCAACUACAACUAGCUUUCGAUCAAUUCUCCAAUGACCGAGAAGCAGAAAUUGAGCGAAUGUGUAACGCGAACCAUCAAGACUUUGUGAGCUCCGUUGAUUCCAUGCUCCGUAUCCGGGACCAAACUGUGCAAAUGAGCGGAGAGAUUCUGCAGUUGAACGAGUCCAUUCAGGAGAGUAUCGAGAAGCUAGCUACCCAGAAGAAAGCGCUAGUCGACUCUCGCGGCGUACGCCAGAACAUCAAUGAAGCUACACAAGCGCUUAAUGCGUGUCUGAACGUCCUGAGAAUAGCGAACCAGGUCCAAGACAUGCUACGGGACAAGAAUUACUAUGCGGCUUUGCGCGCCCUGGAUGAACUGCAAACCAUUCACCUCAAAGAGAUCGGUCGGUUCAAGAUUGCGAACUUAAUUGAGAAGUCGGUGCCGCAGACCCAGGAUCAGAUCCGAGAAGCAGUCAAGACGGACUUGAGCACUUGGCUGUACCGCAUCAGAGAGUCGUCGCAAUUUCUCGGCGAAGUGUCGUUCUACUACACUGAUGAAAGAAGGAAGCGUAACGCUGACCGGGCUGAGGCGGACGCGCGGUUUUCCAAGUUUAAGUUGAACUCGUCGAUUGAGCUUGUCGCUGAUGAGACGGACGAGUUUGACAUCCUGAACAACGAAGAGGCCGGAAAUGAGACCGACUUCUCCCCGCUGUUCGAAGCUAUGCACAUCAAUGAAACGCUUGGGAAGAGUGACCAAUUCAAAGCCGAGUACGCUGCAGACAGGCGGACGCAGAAAGACUUGAUCAUCCCCAGCAAACUCAACCUGCUACAGGACGAGUGCGACGACCUCAGCAGUCUCCUGGAGAGCAUUGCGGGGUUUGCAAUUAUCGAGAAGGCGACCAUGGCGAAGACGACAAAUCUACGACAGCAGGCUGACGUUGAUGAACUCUGGGACUCGAUGUGUCAAAGCGCUAUCAAACUUAUUACAGAGUCGCUGCCCACGAUCGAGAGCGAUGAGCUGCUACUAAAGAUCAAGGGUCGGAUAGCACUGUUCAUGCUCACCAUGGAGGCAAGUGCAUAUACUACAUUUACUCCUACAUCUGCUGACAAUGUCUAG